AUGUCGGAGGCGAUGCAAACCCUACCUCACAAAUUUUCCUCAAAAAUCACAUCCACCCCCGCGAGAUAUCUCCUGGAGAUGACAUCCCCAACAUCCAUCCCCUCCCACUCUCACCUCGCCUCACCCACCCUCCUCCCACGCUCCCUCCUCCCACUCCCAUCCCCCGGCCAGCGCCAACCUCCACCUCACCGCAUCAUGUUCGCCUUCACAACCCCGACCGCGCUCUCCGUCUCGAAUUUCCACCCUUCGCCCCGGCGCACGACGUCGCCGCGCCGCGCGCACCAUGCCACGCCGCGCAUGUCGACGUACCGCUACUCGCCCACCGUGGACGAGUUCUUCGCGCGCGACGUGACGCGGCAGUACAUCGCCAAGGCGUGCCCGACAGGCGAGCCGCCGCUGCAGUGCAUCGAGGGCAACACGUUCGACGCGCCGUACGAAUCCCGCACGCUCAAGCGCCAGGCGCAGCUGCGCUACCGCCAGCUCCCCACCGCCGUCAAGGUGCACAACAUGUACGAGACGCGCAGGGAGGCCCUCAUCGCGUGCCACGGAUGCUCGCACGAGGAGGCCCGCGUCCUCAACAACCCCAUGAUGGCCACCGCGAUGAUCGUCGGCCAGGCCGAGAGCACUCGCGCGUGCAGCAGGUAUAUCAGGGCCGCAGGGAAGGACGAGGACGUGAUGGUCCGCAGCGUGGAGAAUGUGUACAUGAAGGCCGUUAACCCCGGUGGCGUCUUCUCGACUGCGUGUACCGAUGGACAGGCCAAGUACGAGGCGUACUUGAGCCAGGUCAGGGGGAAGGCCGCCGAGUUUCGAAGCAGGCAAUAUAGUAAGGCGGCGAAGGCGGGCGCAGCCUAUGCCGCGAGGAAGAGGGCGACGGCGAGGACUCAUAUUUGCGUCUAUGAGGAUGGGCUGUAUAACAAGUAUCCCAAGAUGGCGGGGAGUAUGAGGCCUUCGUUUGGGUAUUAUGCUCCGUUUGUGUCGCGUCCUUCGGAUGGCACGCAGGCGCGCGUUGGCGGCAUUGCAAAGGACCCUGGGUAUGUUUUUGCUGUCGAAAAGCUCGGAAAGAUGCUGUCGUCGGCCAAGAACUAG